AUGGUUAAAUUCAGAGAUGAAGCUACACGUGAUUUGGUUUUAGAAUCAGGGGUAAUUCAUUUUGAUAGGAAGCCAGUUAUCUUAAGACCUUGGACAACUGAUAUUGAUACUCUGAAAUCGAUCAAAUCGGUUCCUGUUUGGAUCCGUCUCCCUGAUCUUGGUUUACAAUACUGGGGCACCAAAUGUUUGAGUGCAUUGGUUAGUACUAUUGGAAAACCAAUCAUGAUAGAUAAGGUCACUAAGGACAGAUCGAUGAUUAAGUUUGCUCGGAUUUUGGUUGAUAUGGAGAUAUCAGAUACUCUUCCUAAAUUCAUUAAUUAUAUAAAUGAGAGAGGUCAAGUAAUGGACCAAUUGAUAGACUACGAGUGGUUGCCUACCAAAUGCUCUAAUUGCAAAAAGUUAGGGCAUACAGCUUCUUCUUGCAAGCAUGUGGAAGGUAUGGUCUGGAGAAAGAAAGAGGCCCCAGUUGAUGCUUCAGAAAACAAUACUAUGCAUGAAGCUUCAGGCAGUAAACUUAACCAAAAGCAGGACAGUUCAGCUCAGUUAUCAACUGAAAUGGAACCGAAAUCCCAGAUUGAGGUGCUUCCUAAGGAGCAAGGUUGGGCCACACCGAAAAAACCAGGUACCAUGAAGACGAAAUCCCCUGUUACUGGUCAAAAUACAAAAAAUGCUUUCAAUGCUCUUCAAGAGCAGCAGCAAUUUCUAAAUGACCCUUCACUGUUAUUGAAUUUGAAUGGACAAUUUCAAUAUAAUGAGCUGGAAUGUUAG